AUGCAGGAGAAUUACGAGAAUGUCAUAUCUCUGGCGGAGGAAAUUGCGAUCAGCUGGCCCCGGAUAACAGCCUUUGCAGAGUCUCACAGGAGAAGAGGAUUAGUGCCUGAAAAGUCCGGGGAGGCCCUUGAGCCUGAGCAGAAGGCUAACCAUGAAGCCCCAGAACAGCCACUCUUGGAUGACCUCCCGAAGAAGCAACUGGGGAAGAAGCAAGGCAAGCUGGUCCCGCACCGUGGCCUCAAGAAGUUCUCCCCACGAGGCCACCACGGGUUGCUUGGCCAUGCUGGCCGGUGCCACGACUGUGGCAAGGGCUUUGGCUUUGGCAGGCGCCAGCGGCUGCAUGGCGGCACUGCCGCGGAGAAGCCCUACAGGUGCAGCGAGUGUGGCAAGUGCUUCCGGCUCAGCUCCACCCUGGUGACCCACCAGCGACGCCACACCGGCACCAAGCCCUACCGCUGUGCCGAGUGCGGCAAGAGCUUCAGUGUCGGCUCUGCCUUCAUCCAGCACCAGCGCACCCACGCGGGCAAGGAGAGCAGCGCCGGCCCGGCCCGGCCCUGUGAGUGUAACGUGUGCGGCAAGACCUUCGGCCUCCCGGCCCACCUCAUCAAGCACCAGAAGCAGCACCUGGAAGAGAAGCCCUACAAGUGCAACGAGUGCGGCAAGGGCUUCAGCUGGAACUCUCACCUGGAGCGCCACCGGCGCAUCCACACAGGCGAGAAGCCCUAUGUCUGCGAGGACUGCGGCCGAGCUUUUGCCUGGAGCUCUCACCUUGACCGCCACCGGCGCACGCACUUUGGCAACAUCCCCGUGACCGACUCGUGUAAGUGUUGCUUGGCGGAGGCAGCUGUGCCGGCUACCAAGGCCAGCAGCAAGCCGUAUCGGUGCGAGGACUGCGGCAAAGGGUUCAACAAGAAUGCAGCGCUGUCCAAGCAUCGGCGUGCCCACCAUGCUGCCGAGAAGCCCUAUGUGUGCAAAGACUGUGACAAGAGCUUUGGGCUGAACGGCGCCUUGCUGCAGCACCGGCGCACGCGCCACCCGGACGACUCGGCCAAGCCGCACACCUGCAAGGACUGCGGCAAGAGCUUUGCCUGGAGUUCCCACCUGGACCGACACCGCCGCAUCCAUGCUGGAGAGAAGCCCUACCGCUGUGGCGACUGUGGCAAGGGCUUCUCACAGAGCUCCCACUUGGAGCGGCACCAGCGCGUGCACCGGAGUGCUGAGCGCCCUCCGUGCCGCUGCACAGACUGUGGCUUUGCAGGGGCCCGGCGGAGGCGCCGCCGUGGGUCCUUGCUGCCCUGCAAGUGCAGUGACUGUGGCAAGAGCUUCCUGUGGCGGCGGCCGGCCUGCCGCGAGUGUGGGAGGGGUGGGGGGGAGGGCGUGCGCCACCAAGGCACCCAGACGGGGGAGAAGCCCUACUCUUGCCUGGACUGCGGGAAGUGCUUUGCCCAGAACUCAGCACUGGCCAAGCACCGGCGCAUGCACACUGGGGAGAAGCCCUACAAGUGCGAGGACUGUGGCAAAAGCUUCAGCGUGCGCUCCAACCUGCUGAAGCACCAGCGCACCCACCUGGGCGAGAAGCCAUACAAGUGUGGAGACUGCGGCAAGGGCUUCAUCCAGAAGUCGGACCUCACAAAGCACUGGCGCAUGCACACCGGGGAGAAGCCCUACCGCUGCGAGGCCUGCGGCAAGUGCUUCAGCGUCAGCUCCAACCUCAUAAAGCACCAGCGCAUCCACCUGGGCGAGAAGCCCUACGCCUGCGGCGAGUGCGGCAAGGCCUUCAUCCAGCGCUCCGAGCUCACCAUCCACCAGCGCACCCACACCGGUGAGAAGCCCUACAAAUGCGGCAUCUGCGGCAAAUGCUUCAGCCGCAGCUCCCACCUCAACCGCCACCAGCGCACCCACGGCAAUGACAAGGCCUUGGCUGGCCCCGGGGCAGCGCCUGCCACCAUGCCCGCUGCCAGCGCCACCAAGCCUGCGACCCUGCUGCCCUCCUCGGCCUUCUCGGCCUCCUUCGCGUCCCCUGGCCCCCUCCCUAUGCUGUCCUCCUUCCCGUCUUCCCCCUCCCCCCUCCCCAUCCCUUCUUUGGACCUGCCCUGGACCCUGUCUUUCCCAUCCCGGGGCUUCCCUCACUCAUCCUUCCUUUCUCCUGCCCCAUCCACUGCCCAGGCCCAGUCUUUGAUAAACUAG